GAUAUAACUGGUCAGUCCGGCGAAUAAAUAAAUACCUAGCAAUAGAGAGGCGCUCCCGGGAACCCCUGGCUGAGCUGGCCCCGUCACAUGAUUCGGCGUCCCAGUGGCCUGGGUGCGACGGCAAAUCACUGGCGAGCCGUCAGACUACCCGUUCGGUCGGGACCGGGGUAUCUAUAGGUCGAUUCAGCCCCUAGGACUGGCGCAUCGCCGCCAAUGAGCGUGGAGGGGCCGCGGUGCCUGUUCUCGAGAGGUACUCGCAGGUGCGGGCUUUGGGGUCGUCCUCGACAUGAGACGAUGUCUUAGCAGCAAUUCCUGACAGUUCACCACCCGUGCCCCUUUGGUCGUCAACCUCACUUAUCGUCGUUUUCCCCCACUUCAGCUGCCGAAGCGACCCGCUGGCGUUUGCUGAUUUGUCUCGUGCACGGUCUGACAAAGGAACGUACCUACAUAUACAGGCGACUUACACGAGCCACGCAACCGCCGUCAUGAGCAAUAGCAACCUAUCCCAGAUCACAUCCGAGAUCCCUGACUUUAUUGGCGGGCUCCCCAAGAGGAAGUCCAAGGGCCCUGCCCCACAGGAUGAAUUCGACCAGUACUUUGACUAUACACGUUUCUAUGGCGACGCUCCAGCCGCCGAUGCCGCCUCGCCGAGCCGGUCUGACGCCUCGUCCAUCCCCGGGCUCACCUCCGGCUCUUCGGACGAGGACGGCGCCCCUUCCCCCCGGCCCGCCGAGGACACCCUCAACUUCAAAGCAGCCGUAAAGCAGAUCAAGCAACACGAUGACAUCUUCACCGUGCCCGCGAGGGAGAUCAGACCCAAUGGCGGAGAGCCGUAUCCCUACACCGUGGACAUUGACGGUACCCUGGGCUCAACUGGGGCCGACCUUCAGGGAUCCGGCCGUAGCAGCCCCCUGUUCCCCGCCUCCUCCAGUGGGGCAGGAUCGCCGUGCCAUAGCAGCCCUAGCUCCGCCUCUGCCGACUCCCCGCUGAGCCGUGGUAAGCGGCAUCGUCCCCUAGAAAACCCCGAAAAGGUUGCUCAGAUGCGCAGAAUUGGCGCUUGUUUCCGGUGUAAGACGCGUAAGGUCACUGUAAGUGAACCGUGACGAUUUCCCCGGUAGCCGCUCGUCCUAAUCCGCUCCCAAGUGUGACCAGCAAGUCCCUUGCUCGCGCUGUAUGGCCGAUGCAGCCAAAUACGGCCACGACGACGGCGACCUGGCCGAACACAUGUGUUUCCGCCGUCCUUCCCCCAGCAAUGACCACGUCUUUCAGGUGAUCUGGAAGGCGGACUCGAAUCUGUCUGUCGUGUCGCAGAGGGGUGUCCCUCUAAAGUGGGAAGUUUUCUUCGGACAGGGUAACAUCCUCGGGCAGUCCUUGCCUAUCUCGGUCUCCCAGGACGAAGGUCACAGUCUCGGUGGAAACCUGAGAUGUCAGAGGGGGCAAGCCGGCCAAGGGCAGCCCGCUCCCCGAUACGUCUGGAAUCCCGAACAAGCCCCCGAGGACAAGGUACUUAUCGAAUGGGCCUCGUGCCAGAUGCUCGGCGAUGGAGCCUCCGACUUUCAAACAGCUCUGGACGCCCUAGUUAGAAACUACGCCCGAAGCGGGCAGUCCUUC